CAACGCCUGGCAACUGUUUCCAAACAACAUGGCGGCCGGGGACUGAAUUAAAUCAACUCUUCUGCGGGAACUUUCAACGUUUUACCAUGGAAGGGGACGUGGCAGGGGUCCGAAUCAACCCUCCCGUGGUGGAAUUCAUAGAUAUCGUACCAAACGAGCAGUACAAAUGUACCCUAACCGUCCAGAAUAUCAGCAGAGCGAGUAAAAUUAUCAAGUUCCACGCGCCUUCGACCAGCGAGUUUAAGUUGAAGGUCCGUAACCCUGACCGUCCGGUUGCGUCUGGUCUGGAGGUGACAGCGACUGUGGACUUCCAGACAGACAAGAAUGAAGACUGUAAGGACAGGGUCAUCCUCCUGGUGGACGAAGAUGUGGUGGAGAUACCGCUCUAUGCGUUCACUCCCAGCCCCAUCAUGGUUCUCCAUGGUCCCGUGGAUUACGGCAUGGUCGUCGCCGACAGUCGCAUCCUGAGGCGCGAGACCGUGGUGGAGAACCAUGGCUCCAUGCCGGGCGAGUUCAAGGUCAAGUACAACGGAGCCCUGCCCAUAACCAUCGCACCUACAUCAGGCACGGUCGAGCCAAGGUCCUACCAGAUCAUCAGGAUUGAAUUUGCAACAAAGGAUCCUGGCACAUUUGAGGAAGAAGUUGAAGUGCGACUGGAAGGGCAGGACCCACGCACUCUCGUCAUCAAGGGGUGUGUGGUUGAACAGAAGCUGCACCUACAGAACAAAGACAGCGAGCCGUUAGACUGUGUAAAGUUCGGCUCCACCUUCUACGGGACUGACUGUAUUGAGACAGGCUACCUGUACAACGAGGGGCCGAAAGAGAUCAGCUUUGUGGCCAUUCUUGAUGAAGGAGGGAUCGGAGAAGAGGCUGGAGUUGACUUGACAAAGAGCACAGCGGCUACCCUGGCGAUAGCGGACAAGGAGCGCGCUCGUGGCAGCUCCAAUCCACUGACCUCACUCGUCACAGCAAUCCCUAACCAAGGAAUGAUCGGUCCGUACCAGAGGGUGCCCAUCCAUUUCCGGUUCGCGCCACGCUUCAGCUCGGCCGAGAUUGGCUGGAAGGGGCUGACAAAGUCUCCGCCACGACAGGACUACGCGCUGUACAUGAGGUUUGAGAUGAUUGGCAGCCGAGAGGGCAUGGUCACCAGGGACUUCCUGGAUGGGAGCGCCAGAAACGGAGUCACAGGUGUUGAGGUCGCCAUAACUGCCACGGCCCUGCCCAUCCUGGUGAACCUUUCCCCGCACAACGCGCUGGACUUCCACGAGUGUCCGGUCGGGGAACACGUGGACGCGCUGUGCACGCUGCGUAAUGAGUCCACCAUGUUGCCUCUGAUGUACAAGUUCAGGAAGAUCGCUCACUACAGCAGCACUCCUUACAAGGGCAAGAUUGGGCCAGGAGAGGGACAGGAUCUUGUGUUCUCCUUCGCCCCAAAACAAGUCGGUAACCUCAGGAGCAACAUGGUCAUGGACAUCGUUGGUUACCGUGCCAACGAGGAUGACCCCGCCCGCCUCAUCAAACAGGCCGUGCACUCCUUCCCUGUGGAGUUAAAUGGGAUUGGUCAGCCGCUGGUCAAGAAGAGAGACCCUAGGUUUAACCCAGGCAUCACCCCACUAGUUGUGGGAGAAACAGGACAGUUUGUUGACGUGACCUUCUCAGACACGAAGCCCUACACGCCGCGCGCUGCCAUGCUGAACUCCACAAAAACCUCCAUACACACCCCCAAGACUCUGGCGGGGUCACGUGAGGACAAGAACGCGCUGGUGGCCUAUCCCAACGACAGGGCAGGCAGUAUCAGGCCCAGUGAUAGGAGGGAGAAAUACAGGACCAUCUUCACCAAAGCCGAGCGGCACACAUUCGUGGACCCAGACUAUGCCUACACGGAGGAGGAGGAGCAGAAAAAACACGAGCACAAACAGAAGUACAUCGGCUUCCUCCGGGAGCAGCGGAAAAACAGGGAGAAGAUGCAGAUGGAGAGGGAGUUUGUGGAACUGAACAACAAAGUAGACAUGGGGAUGAAACCAGCGUCAGGCCUACGACCUCCCAAGGUCAAAGACAAGGACACGGUAACUGCUGGCGAGCCCAGGCCGCUACCCAAUGAGAAGACUCGUCUCCUGAGCACGCGGGAACUGCGGGAGGCGGAGAGGACCGCCACGGUACGACCCGUCAGCGAAGGACUGAACGCUGUCCCGACCACGCCGCAGGAAAAGUCUGACUGUAAGAAGAAGCUGACACCGCAGGAGCUGCACCAAGUAGUCAUUGGUAGGACCCCCCACCAUAGAGUUUGGGGAGGUGUGCCUACGUUCCACCAGUGUGAAGGAACUGAACAUCAUGAAAACCUGAACCAAUACAUCAGGGUCGUGGUGGAUAUUGACUGUACAGAGUUGCGACAGACCAGCCCCCUGUCCCAGGUGGUCCCACCCUGUGCCAAGGCUCAGCUGCCUCUGAUCUUUGAAUCCCACCACAAGGGCAGGUUCCAAAGGUCAGUGAUGUACACAGUGAAUGGACACCACACCCACCAUGUACUAGUGAUGGCAGAGGUUGUCCCUGUUGCUCUAGAGUUGUCCACUCAGGAGCUGACCGUCAAACCCUUCCCUGGGAUGCCUGCCGAUGCUGGUCUGAGGGGAACUGUUACUCUACACAACAGGAGGAACUACCCUGCUGAGUUCCAGUGGCAUCCCAUCCUGGGAGAGAGGGGCAUGGCUUUCUCCAUCAGGCCUGCUUCAGGAACUGUUGAUGCCUUUAAAGACCUGGCGUGUGAGGUGGUGUUCCACCCCUCGUACCUGGCACCAGAGGAGGGAGAGUUCAAUCUGCUGGUCAACGGGGGUGGAACGGAACAUCUCAAGUGUUCUGCAAAGUUGGGUCAGACUGCAGUCCAGUUUGUGGAGCGGCGGAUCUUGUUUGGCUCUGUACCCAUCAACAUGACGACAACUCGCACAGCCUUGUUACACAACACCAGUCAGCACCAUGCUUACUUCCAGGUCGUUGACCCAAACCCCUUCCCUGGGCUAACUGUGUCUCCCAUCCAUGGAGCAGUGCCUGUAGGGGGAUAUGCUGAACUGAAGAUUGAGCUGACUCCAAACGCAGUGAUAAAGUUUGACACGAGGAUCCAGGUUGCGAUACGCGGCUGGAAGACCGUGGAGCUGAGAAUGGGAGGCAAGGUGGAUCCACCGUGUGUCGACAUUGAUAUGAAAGAGUUUAAGUUGGGAGGAGUGUUCUGUGGUUCCCAGUUCACUAUCCCAUUUGUGCUGGGGAACCUGACCAGAACCAAGACUAAGGCAGAGUUCGACCUGACCAGAUACAUGGACUUCAGGAUCAACUUCCUCAAGCAAGACUUGGAGAUUGACCCGAUCGAUCCCUUGACCCCGGGGAUGUACCGUUACAUGCUGGAGGGGGAGGAGAUCGUGCCAUGUGAGCUUGUGUUCAGCCCUACAGAGGUCGCCUCGUAUGACUUCCUAAUGCCAGUGCACAUUAAUGCCAUGGACGCCCCAAGCCCCACCCCCAGCUCGUUCCCCCCCACCCCAGCCCCCUCCGUUCAGCACAUCAUCCCCCCACGCAUCAUCGAGGUGUCCAUAGCGACCCCUCGGAGACGUAUCAUGGCAACAGCCCUGAGGCAGCCGCUCCAGGUGUCCAACCUGCACCUGGAGUUCUACCUGCCACCUGGCUUCAUGGAGCUGGGCAUCGCUUCUGACGUGGGACAGAGAGGGUCCGACAGUGCAGCUUCCCCAGACAAGAAACACAUAGAGCAGUACACAAUCCUUGUGAACAACAGCUCCUCCCCUAUCACGUGGGGGCUGGAUCUGGAAGCCUGUAAGUCCGAGGCCCUGGAAGAGGGGACCUUCAAGUUCCUGGGGCCGGGCGGAGUGCCCUUUGUGAACUACCGGGAGAAAGGGAUAGAGGGCACUCUUCAGCCUGGAGAGACAUACGAGCUGGGAGUCCUCUUCUGUCCAAACUGCCCUGGCCAGUUCUAUGCCAAGGUUCCCAUCAUUCUGAAUGGCAAACGGGAGCUCCCGUACCAGUACCUGCAGCUCAGGGGUAACAUGAGGUCACCCCGAGUGACCUUCGACCCCCUGCAGGUGGUACUGAUGCCGGUGCCCCUGGCUACGGAGGUGUCAGCUGAGUUCAGCAUUGUCGCAUCGGCCUACACAAAGCCCUCCUCUAUCAAGGUGGAAAUCCCAGACAUUGAGUUGGACGAUGGGAGCGUGGCGUCCGUGCUGAAGGUGGACUUCCCCAAGGGACAGAACAUCCAGCCGUGCUCGCAGGACGCGGGGCAGGAGGAGCCGUUCGUCUUCCCGUGUGUCGUCACGUUCUCCUCCCCACGGCCCGUCUCCUUCAGCCAGCCUAUCACGUUUGUGGACGAUGAGGGGAGAAGCUUCACCUUCCACGUGAGUGCUACAGCAGACAACUGUGUACUGAGUAACUACCCGUUCCUCGCCAAGCACCGCACAGACCACCACAUCAUCCGCAAUGAGGAGGAGACAAGGGAGAUAGUAGUGCGUGAGGGGACGGGUGCUCUGGGUGAGGCUGUGAUCAUCCCGACAGCCUCCCCACGCCGCCCCUCUACCCGCGGCAGCACCACGGGCACCAGCACCGCGUUUGGCAUGAGCAGCUCCAGCUACGAGGAAACAUCCAACAGUGUAACAGGUGACACCUAUCCCAGCAGCCCUCGGGAGGGUGCUGUUCCACAGCUGCCAGCCGCAGACUCGGAGAUCCAACAGGAGCGACAGGAGGCGGCGUCACGCUCGCUGGGGUCCGCGGCGUUUCCCGAGGAGGACUCUGAGGAAGGGAUCUUCCACGCGGAGGUUUCGCUGUCAGCCCAGCGUUGGUUCUCCAUGCACGGCUGGCCUGGUGGACCUUUCCCCAUCAGUAUACCACAGUCCCUCAGGAAAGGUGUGAGCAGGAUGCACACAGAUCCAGAUGAGCGCAGCAAAGUCACGUCCCGCGGCGGUAGCUGGGACGCCUCCAGUCUGAAGAAGGAGAUAAAGACAGUGUAUGACAUGAUCACACACCUGAGCGGCCGGCCGGUCCCAGGGAUCCCCAUUAACCAACCACUGCCUGUGGACCCUACCGAGCGGGUUCUGCAGCUACACUGGCAACAUGCCACACUCCUCACCUUCAUCAAGAGCCAGGGUGGCUGUGUGGCGUCCAUCCGUCCUGAGUACCUGAUGGAGCCUGAGGACUUCCGCUGGUGGGUGAAGGUCCAGGCCAGGAACAGGCAGAAGGAGGAGAGGAGGAGCAGGGAGAUGGCUGCUGCUGCAGGGGUAGAACCUGAGUUGACAUUUGAGGAGGAAGCAGAGAGGCGUGAGUUGGAGGAGGUUCUGUUCGAGUCGGUGUCCAAGAAAGCCUGGAGUGACGUGCUGCUACAACUGCUCAAGGUUCUCGUGCUGUCCAGAAUCACCCCCAGGCAGUUCAAGAACAUCCCCCUCCCCAUCAAGGACAUCCCCCUCCCCACGGUGAACCCUGACCCCCUGGCCAGUAACAUUUACAGUGUGGGGGAGAGAAUCCUCCUGGCCUGGCUCAACCACUACUAUGAACACAUGCGGCACAAGGUCUGGGCAGACUGUGACAAGGGUGGCGUUCCCCCGUCCCGCUGGGUGGUGAACUUUGACUUUGACCUGCUGGACGGACUGGUCCUAGGAGCCGUGCUGGCCGCACAUGUUCCCUUCCUGAUUAAGACCCAUCUGAACAGUAUGUACACCCACCCAUCCACUCCAGAGCAGUGUCUGCACAACGCACUCAAAAUCACCAGCGCCUUCAAAACCAUAGGGCUGGACUAUGACAUACAGGCUAUUGACAUCACCGACCCCAACCCUGUGGCUAUGUUGCUCCUAUGUGUCCACUUGUACCAACGGCUACCACACUACCUACCUAAGGCUACUGUGGAGUUUGUGGGAUCUCUACAUGCCACCGUGCAGAAAGAGGUGCGUUUAACCAACCCCAGCUCCAAGCCUUUGAUCUACCACCCGAUGAUCGCCGGACGGGACGCCCGGGACUUCCUCAUCCCCAAGGCGGAGGCGAUCGCCGUCCCACCACGCGGGAGUCACAACCUGCCCGUGGAGUUCACCAGCCGACUGCUGCGGCCUGCGGAGGCCGUGCUGGUGCUGGUAGGGCGCAGGGCGGGUGCGGCCGUCGGUUCUACUCUCGUGUUUAACCUCAGGACAAUGGUGGACAACAUCACUCCUAAGUCUUUCUCUGACAAACAGGGAAACAUCAAGAUCGAGUCCCCCUGCUACGAGCUCUACCGGUGCAAGCUGAAUGUCACCAACCCGUUUGACGAGCCCGGAGACUUCCGUAUCGUUCUGGUGGAGGCACGCGAGCCCUUCCCUUCACCCAAGGUCAAGAAGGCGGCUUCUCAGAAGAGCAGCUCCGCAAAAUCAAUGAAGAAGAUCAAGUCCAAGAUUGAUCAUGGCCAGAAGAAAGUGGAUUCUCCUUCUCCUCCCCCUAAUGAUGAGAAAAUUGAGAUCACUGCAGCGGUUGAGAAAUCCACCACAGACAACACAGCCUUUGGGUCAUUCUUCAGUCCGAAGGCGUCUGUUCACCUGGACGGGCGCGGCUCAGCAGAGGUGGAGAUUGAGUUCCUCCCGUUCCAGACCGGCCAUCGCCAGUGUUCCGUCCUCUUCAUUAACGAGGAGGUGGGAGAGUUCCUGUACUCCAUUGAGGCGUCGGCAGUACUGCCGCUGCCGUCUGUGUUACCCUGGGUCCCCAGUCCACACAGUGUCAGGAUCAGCAGUGCAGCUGCUGCAGGUAAGGGACGGGGUCUGUUUGGAGGAGACGACCGUGUGAUCUACUGGAAGUGUGAGAAUAACUCCGUCCUGAAGGAGAACCUGGUCAUCCCCAUCACCAACGCCGCCCGGGAACGCUCGCUGGUCAUCGCUGCACAGCAGAGGAUGUCUGAGUACGAGCGCGAGAGGAGAAAGGUGGCUGGUACGUUGGCCAGUGGAACAGUGACAGCAGCCAUAGCUGCGAUGGGUCUGCAUGACCGUGUGGUUGAUCGUUCUCGCCACAUCACCACAUCACACAUGCUCAUCGCCCCUCCUGAAGGCACCACCUUUAACGUACAGGUCAGCUCUCCACUGUUUGACGCCCCUACCCAGGUGUUCGUCCCCUCACCCCUCAACAACCGGCCCAAACCAGCUUCAGAGGUGGCCAGGGAGGGACCCAGGAUCGAGAGAUCAGCUGCAGGGAUUGUUGGAAACCAAGGCGUGAUUUUAGACGAUGGAACCAUCAACAUCCCAAUCAAGUUCCAGCCAAAGGGCGCUGGCCACUACCCCUGCCGUAUCGUCCUCUUCGCUCCAAACGACGUGCGUGUUUUCCAACUGGAGGUUAUCGUAAACCCAGACGGCAGCGCUGCUGAACUGGAGUUUGUCACACCUGCUCACCAGUCUGUGUCACAGGAUAUCCCCAUUCACAACCCGACCCUCCAUGACUGGGAGUUGAAGGCAGAGCUGGAGGGUGAUGGGUUCUAUGGACCCCCCCUGAUGCUGGCCCGGGCACAGCAGACAACUCUUUACCCUCUCAUGUUCAGGCCAGUCCUGGAGUGUUUGUCACUGGGAAGGUUGUUGCUAAGGAACCAUGAGGAUGGUACAGAACACAUCUUUAACCUGAAGGGACUGGGACAGAAGCCUCUGGCUCUGGACCACAUAAUUGUGCCAUGCAGGGCCAGGGAAAAGGUGACCAAAGUGGUGCAGGUUCCAAACGUGUCCAACAGGAAGCUGAUCUACCAGGUGUCGUCCAGCCUGUCCUGUGUGUCGGGCGCUCCCACGGUUACCGUGUUGCCGGGGCAGACCACGCCCUACAGGGUGUCCAUCUCCCCCUGGCAGAGGGGAGCCUUCAGCGGAGUCAUCACCUUCGUGGCUGGAGAUGCACAGAAACCCAGGGAGGAUGAUUCCAGUAGUGAUGAGGAUGAUGAGCUGCCCACUUCCCCAGUCACCCCCAGCUCUCGCCUGUCAUCUUUUGAAGGAGAUGCAGAUGGAGACUUCCCUGGUGGUUACCGGGUGUGGUACUCCCUAGAGAUCCAGGCAAGCCCUCCUCAGCCUGAGAAACGUCUUCAGAUCACCUGCUCAGCACAGCUGUUGGAUUAUGUGAGAGAAGGUGGCGUCUCAAAGUCUGCUGCGAUGAUGGAAGUUCCCAUCCAGAACCCCACAAACAAGGAGCUGACCCUGUCUGUCACGAUCGAGGGGGCGGGGCUUAGCGGUGAGCCCAAGGUCACCCUGGCUCCCGGGGAGGAGAAGUGGUACCAGCUGCUGUUUGCUCCGACUGUAGUGGGGAAAACCAGAGGAAGCUUGAUCUUCUAUGGUGACACCGUGGGAGAGUUCUGGUAUGACCUUGAUCUAGUAGCAAACACACCUGCCCCGAAAGUCCUGCCACAGAUGGAAUGUGAACUUGGAAGGUGGACUCGUCAGUUCAUCCGUUUGUACAACCCGACAGAUGAGCCCAUUGAGCUGGAGCCACAGAACAGUAAUCCUAACAACUUCACUCUGGAGGUGGACCCUGCCAAACCUGUUACUCUGCAGCCCAGGUCCAGUCUCAUGGUGCCCCUGCAGUUCCUUCCAUCGGCACUAGGGAGCGCUAAUCACACAGCAGAGAUCACCUUCUGCAGUGAACAGCUUGGAGACUGGGUGUACCUGGCCUCAGGUACCGGUAUCCUCCCCCAGCCCCUGGACCCUGUCUUGGUCAGUGCAGAGUUCCAGUCCAACACCUCCCUCAUCAUACCCUUCCGCAACCCGUUUGACGAACCUGUAAUAGUGGACGUCAUUCUGACAGACCAGAAACAGUUCCUCCACAAGAUCAGUGAAUCGGUCAUCAAACAGUCCAUCACGACAGAGUCCGCCUUCUGUCUCCUCCUCAAACACCCUCACAACAUCCACCUGGCUCCCCGGGCGACCCUUGACCUGCCCCUGACCUUUGCCCCCAACCGUAUGGAGCUGCACGAGGCGGUGUGCGUGGUGUCGGUGAGGAGGGAGGAUGGACUGAGCUGGAAGUUUGCUGAACAGGGCAUGAAACUCGAAACACUGGACGGGGAAAGUGGAGAAAGAAGUGCGAGUAGGACCAGCAGUGGUGGCCUGCGGGACGUGCGCUGGAUUUACCCCAUUCACGGCGUCCCCGAGUCCCACCCUGUCAAGGACGCAGCCAGGGCCGCCACCGUGGAGUGUCAGGCCAGGAACAGGGUGGAGGAGAGGUUAGAGGUCACGCUGAUGGGAGCGGCGCCCAGCUCGGCUGGCGGGUACCCCAACCCGAUGAAGACCAGGGCCAUAACUCCCAUAGAUGCACAACGACCGAGCACUGAUGGAGUCAUUGUUGGAGAAGGCAACACCGUGGCAGAGGAGUUCUCGUAUGAGAUAGAGUAUGACUCGGAGGAUGCCCAGAGCCUGCUGCAGCACUCCCUGGGUCUGAGUCUGGUCAGGAAACAGCGAGACAGGGUCAGCGGGGUCGUCAUUCUGGUCUUCAACCUCAUCUUCGCUCCUGCCAAGCCUCUCAGACACAAUGUGGAGUUACUGGUGAGGUCUGCCACUGGUGGAGUGUGGAGAUUUCCCAUCAGGCUGUGUGCCACCGAGCCCACCCCCGAUGACAUCAUCACCAUCGAAUCUGUGGGUCUGAAUAAGGAGUCUGCUGUCGCCUUCAGGCUGACCAGCCAACAGAGCCAUCCUGUGGCCUUCCAUGCAUACUUUGUUGCGGGAAGUGACCCAGAGUUCCAAGUGUAUCCUCAGACAGGCGAGCUGCUGCCGCUGGGAACAAACGGCACCCAGAUCAGCAUCUCCUUCACUCCCUGCAUCUAUGGCAAACAGUACAACGCCAAACUGGUCAUACAGACCCAUGACAUGCAGUGGACCUACAACAUCCGCGGGAUGCCCCAGGUGUACAGACCCCCCGUGGGUCGCUCCUCCAGCCCCAUCGCUGGCCCUCACCCCAAACCCACCCUCCACGGGCCCAAACGUAACUUCCUCAAGGAGAACAUGCAGCUCAUCACCACAGGAGUCUCCUCACCUAUCAAAGGGACGUCCAUCCUGCUGAAGUAGUUAGAACACACGGUCACCCCAUCAAACUACAAUACUGUGAAUUCUGAAAUGUUUGCAGUGGUUUUAUUUUCGCAGUGACCUACUGCGAAAUCAAAACGCUGUGUUAUAUUGUUCUAUUAUAGUACUAAAAAAUUGUGUCAACUGUGAACUUCAAACACUGGGAAAACCUCCUUUUCUCUCCUACCACAAAGUAGAACCACUGUGAAGGUAAAUGUCCUGGUUAAGUAAUUAUAGUGUAGAAUGGAACUGGUAAAACCACUAUGCUACAGUGAAUAUUGUUUCCAUUCCAUCCAAGUUUUACUAAAUAUCUGUUUGAAGACGUGAAAUAUGUCCGUCCAUCAUAAAGCAACGAUGUGAACAAUGAUGAAAUCUUUGAAGAAGUUUCAAAUUUCAAGCUGCUACAGUCUAUGGUAUUGACUGGAUACUAAUAUAGUAUGAUUGCUAGUUCUUAUAUGGUGAUACCUUUUGGUGUUAAGUACAAAACAUGUGCCUAAAGCUUGUAUACUUUGUACAUACAGUAGGUGGAUAUGUUUUCUUGUGACAGUGAAAUACCCUCGGACAACUGCCAAAAAUGACCAACUUGCUGCUGUGUACUUGAUUAUGGUUUAGCCACCAGUUAUAAAAGACCUCCUGUCACAACUUCUCAACUUUCUUUGUAAGGAAUUGUAGAGUUUCGUCAAGGGAAAUGAAUUCUUACUUGUUUCUUAAAGAAAGGGACAAUGAAUACUACAACACAUCAGAAUCAAUUGCCAAACAAAUCUUAAAUGAAAAUCAGAAAAUGUAAUUCUGUACAUAUAUGCCUUGAAUUUGCGAUGUAUUAUUUUACUGGGAUGGCACAAAAAAGAAAAUGUGUGGCAAAUAGAUACAAGUUAAGGGUAUAGAAAUGGAAUAGCUUGUAUAGAACUGUGUAUUUCGAGCGUUGGUAUUACUAUGCAGAUAGAGAUUGUUGUUCAUUUAGCAGGAGAAUUCUAUGUUGUACAUGUAAAUGAUCUUGAUGUAGUACUUUAAGAAGGCUAUGGUUUUUCUGUAUAUACCGUGUGUUGAAUUCAGCACUUCUUGUGAAUUGGACAACUCACUGUGCCUUAUUUACACUCUUAAUACAUAUGAUUUUACUACCUA